AUGGCGUCGCUGCCAUCAUCUGCGUCCCACGACCACCAUCCCAGCCGGCCUCGACCUCGCAAUGUCCAGCUAACUCGGAGUACAAGCCAUGAUCAGCCCAAGGGCACCGACCUCAAUCGACCCCUACCGCCGCCCCCAGUCAGUGCUGCGGCCGAGACAUUCGAGAUUCCUACCCUACGUCGAAAACCCCUCCCCGAAUCACCAGAUUCUAGCUCCGCAAAGCUCAACCACAGUCGGUCCUUCAGUCAUCCCUUUCCCUCCAUCUUUGGUUCCAAAAAGUCGGAGAAAAAGAGCAAGCAUGGCAUUGAUUUUGAUGGAACGCGCGAUACUCGGCACGAAGAGGGAAAUAUGAGGCAGCAAGCUGCUGAAGCUUCCGUGCCACGGGGUGACCGCCAGCCAGUAACUGGGAAGUGUAUGACCUGUGACUCUACCGUCCGAUGGCCCCAGGGACUCAAGGUGUUCCGAUGUACGACCUGCCUGACCAUCAAUGAUCUCGAGUACAGCUCGGACGCCAAAGAUGAUGCCCAGGCAUCGGCAGCUGGAUCCUCAUCCCAGCGCAAAUUCGUAUGCGUGUCCCUUGAGAGAACGAGAUCACUACUUGAUCGCUGUCUGAGACACUAUCUCGAAUCUCGCAUUGAGCACGACGGGAUUUCUUCACAUACUCACCCAAUACUAAUCGACAAUCACUCACCAGCCGAGGAUUCGUUCCUGUUGGAUGGAACCCUACCAGAAGGUGUGCUGGAGGGACAGCCCACAGAUGAACAGGACUCACCACCACCGUCGCCACAUCCUGGAAUGAAACCACCCAGCUAUGAGGAAGCCAACCUAUCUCCUCGUUACGCAAACCGAAAUCCCGGGCCAUCCUUUGUUCAAGGCCACCCAGCUGACCCCUUCAAUUCAUUACCCUCGGUCCACAACAGGCCGCAGAGCUCUAGAGGACGACAACCAUUAGAGCCUGUACACUCAAUCACGACGUCCGGCCCAAGAUCCGACGUCUUCCGUCUGGUCGAAAACUACAUUGCUGGUUGCUUUGUAGGCUGUAACACGUUAAACCAGUCUUUCCUCACCCCUCGUCCACCUCAGGAACCUAAACCCAGGUCUGGUUCAGGGACACACCAGAGGCGGCAAUUGUCCGAACCUGCUUCGGCUCCUGUACUAGAGCCUGAUGUCUUCCUAUCCGAGCUUGACGCGAAAACCCUUCUGCUUGGCGAUGUUGCGGAGAACGGAUCCUGGUGGUUAGGCGCCCCGAAUGGGCGUGCGGCUAUGUCGGUCAGAGAAUCUCAUCAUCAGCGAGAUAGGUCCCCAGAGAAGAGUCGCAGCUCUGCAAGUGGGAGACAUCCAAGAAUCAAUUGGCUCGAACUUGCCGAGUGGUAUCGCUCAUUGAUAUAUGCGGGCGAUCACUGGGAACAACGUUGGCACGAAUUGAGGCCAAAGUUGACGGAUCCAAAGGCACAGCAAUGUUGGCAGUCGACCCCUUUAGAGAGUAUCCAGCGAGACAUCAUGGAAUCCCGAAUACACUUACAGCGGAGCCUGUUGAAGAUCACGGAAAAUCUCUUGAAACGGCCAAGGCAACCGUUGAAGCGUCCUGAGGAUUGUCGAUUCUUACUGAUCCUUCUAGCUAACCCGUUAUUGACACCCUCGAGACUUGAGACAGGCAAGAUGUUUGGGGUUACAAUACCUCACCCUCCGGUACCGGCAGGAAAACAGGUUGAUGAUAGAGCCCGUGACUCACCAUCGAAACGUGUUCCAAGCGGCGGUAGACGACCAGGAAGUCUCGGCCAUCACUCUGGCAUCAUCAAGCGGAUUCUCGGCCUGAUGGCCAAUCUCUCUCAUGAAAAUCACCAGUAUCUGGUUUCAUGGUUUUCCAGAUACUCUGACGGCCACUUCCAAAGGACGGUGGAAAUGGUUGGCAGUUUCGUGAGUUACAGACUAUCCCGACAACAGAAAACCCCAGCCCACGAACUCAUCAACCCCACAGAGGGCCUCGUCCCUAGCUUCUCUGACUCUGGGAUGCACCAUGCCUCUCAAGUUCACGCCGCACUAGGGGGUCGACCUACUUCCACUUCAGCGGACAAGUCUGACGGAAAGCCGAAGCUCUCUUCGUACGGCGAAGACUGGCAAAUCCGCGUGGCCGCAAGGGUCAUGGCUCUGCUGUUCCACGCCAAUGUUGGCCAUACUGCGCGGAAGAGAGAUGCGUUUGCGGCACAGGAGCAGAGGUUACAUAGUCCAGGUCUCAAUGCCAAGUACCACGCAUACUCCCAUGGUCAGAUUAUACCCAUCAGCAACUUCUACAAUACGAUGCUGGACUAUGCCGAUCUUGUGGCCGACUUCGAAACUUGGGAGACGACCAAGACAAAGUUCACCUUCUGCCAGUAUCCCUUCUUUCUGAGCAUAUAUGCCAAAAUCCACAUCCUCGAGCACGAUGCGCGAAGACAGAUGGAAAUCAAAGCAAGAGAGGCCUUUUUUGACAGCAUCCUCAGUCGCAAAGCUGUCAGUCAGUAUCUCAUUCUCAAAGUCCGACGAGAAUGCUUGGUCGAGGACAGUCUGCGCAGCGUCUCGGAGGUUGUCGGAUCCGGCGGUAGUGACAUCAAGAAGGGCCUGCGCAUUGAUUUUCAGGGAGAAGAAGGGGUCGAUGCAGGCGGUCUUCGUAAGGAAUGGUUCCUGUUGCUGGUAAGAGAGAUAUUUGAUCCUCACCAUGGACUGUUCGUUUAUGAUGACGAUUCUCAAUACUGCUAUUUCAAUCCCUUUUGCUUUGAGUCAUCCGAGCAGUUCUUCCUGGUUGGGGUGUUGGUCGGGCUGGCCAUCUACAACUCGACUAUUUUGGAUGUGGCGUUUCCGCCGUUUGUCUUCAAGAAAAUGUUGGCUUCGGCGCCUGCAACCGGCGACAAGUUGUCGUCAAUCCCCAAAGUCGGCCACGGUUUCACCCUCGAAGACUUGGCUGAGUUUCGGCCUGCCUUGGCGCGAGGUUUCAGACAACUGCUUGAAUUUGAGGGUGAUGUCGAGGAGACAUUCUGUCGCGACUUCGUGGCUGAAAUGGACCGUUACGGUGAUAUUAUCCAGAUCCCACUGUGUCCCGGCGGCGAGAAACGAGCAGUUAACAACUCGAAUCGACGAGAAUUUGUCGACCUCUACAUCCAUUAUCUACUCGACACAGCUGUGGCGAGGCAAUACGAGCCAUUCAAGCGUGGUUUCUUCACCGUCUGUGGCGGCAAUGCGCUGUCCCUAUUCCGACCCGAAGAGAUCGAGCUUCUCGUGAGAGGCUCUGAUGAGCCACUGGACAUCGCCAGCUUGCGCGCGGUGGCAACAUACGAAGGCUGGCCUAAGCAGGAAGGACCGCCCGAAAAUCAACCCCAAGUUGUCUGGUUCUGGGACUUUUUUGCACGCGUAUCACCCGGAGAUCAACGGAAAAUCCUGAGUUUCAUCACGGCAAGCGAUCGAAUCCCAGCCAUGGGCGCCACAAACCUAGUAAUCCGUAUCCAGCUGAUCCGUGCCAAGGAGGAAAUGGAUGAAUUCGGAAGACCAACAAACAAGCCGGUGGAACGGUUCCCUAUUGCGAGAACAUGUUUCAAUACUCUGAGUCUGUAUCGAUACGCGUCGCGGGAGAAGUUGGAGGAGAAGCUCUGGAUGGCAGUGCAGGGGAGCGAGGGAUUCGGAUUGAAAUAG